AUGCUCCACAACGUCUACGCAGCUCUCGUCGCUGAACACAAAUGGUCCCCUACCGCUCGUACGAGCGCAAACGGCACCGAAGGGAACAUCGUUUUUCUACAACUCCUCGUCGACGCUCUAGCUCUCCAACCUUGCAACCCCACUGUUCCCGACGCCCGUGACGCUAUCAUUCAAGCAGAUGCCGUCAGGUACAAUGGUGCUAACAAGUGUUUGUUGUGGAAGGCCUUCGCUAGUAAGGGUCUUGGUGUGGGUGCUGCUAAUCAUAAGGAUUCGAGUAAGGCUCCGGAUGACUGUUAA